AUCAAUUUGUGUCCACCUGAUAGGGACAGGGGGUAACUGCCAUGGCCGUGGCCAGUUACACCAUCAGACGUCUGUGAUAAUUGCAACACCAAUUUGCACGGACAAUCCAACCCGGUUGUCCAUCACUACUGCUGCCCACUGGUAGCAAUUCGCUGAAGGACUUGUUCUGUGAGUUUCCCAGCUCAUGUCAUCUUACACUUAAUCACGGCUUUGGCGUCUAUCAGCAACAAAAUCAGCGGCCAUAUGGACUGCAAAACGUUGGGGAUGCCGAUCAACAACAAUAGCAAACCUCUUACUAACUUGUUUAUACAGAUAAUAUCAUUGAAGAAUACAACUAUGGCAUAUUUAUAUUGGUCCAGGCCUCUCAAGGCCCUGCUUGGCCUGUUGAGCCUAGCGAGUGCAGUCUCAGCUGCCUCGAUAGAUAUGACAUAUUGUGCUAGCCUGCUCACAACAAGCUCCAGUGCCAAUUCAAGUAAUUUUCAAUCCGACGGCCUCUGCUACAACUUCUGCAAUGGCGACUACGCUUUCGCCAUUGUGCAAGAGAAAAACUGCUGGUGCAGCGACUACGCACCCGACACAGGAGAUCGAGUCGACACAUCAGAAUGCAAUAUUGAUUGUCCAGGCUACCCGGAUGAUACAUGUGGUGGUUCUGGCCUCUAUGGAUAUAUGCAGCUGGGCAAGGCCGCAGCAGGGACGUCUGGAGGGUCCAAGAGCACAACAGCAGCUGCAACAUCUACUACACAGGACACCGUGACUCAAACCGUACAGAAUACUGUUACGGUAGAUACCACUACCUCUCCUACUACUCAAACCUCUACUACUUCAAAGAUUUCUGAUUCGACUGGCACUACUGUAGGCAAAGCUACCUCCACAACGCCUUCGACCACGGCUUCACCAUCAACAUAUGUCUCGACCAUUACCCAGGGAGGCAGUGUUCAACUUCAGACCGUGACAGUUAUGCCAACGGCAGCAUAUACUUCCGACUCUAGCACGGCCAACGUCAGCUCAGGACAAAAGGGACUAUCGACAGGCGCAGCAGUUGGCAUCGCGGUCGGUGUCUUGGGAUUUGUGGUUCUCGGAAUAGCGGUAGGUUUUUUCUUCUGGUUCCGUCGGAAGAGGCGCAACCAGCUCCCUGAAGGCUCCAUGUUGGAGCAUCAGAAUAGUUUCCGAGGAAGCUCAGCUGGCAUGAUGGGUACGCCAAGGACGGAAAUGGCGUCUGUCUGGGAAAGCGAAGCACAGUCAGUAGGGCGGAGGAGCAGCCGCUUGAUGCCCCACGAUCCUCGAAUGGAUCCGUACGCUGCCAACAUAUACGGCCGCUUCGAUAACAAGAGCCGUGAAAGCAUCAACACUCUGCGGGAUGAUCAAGACUACUCGAGGAGAGUCCUGCGAACCACCAAUCCUGACCCAACGGCUGGCGAAUGAACAUAAUAAUUAUUAACGGGAAGGUUUUCACCAUUGGAAAGAGAGUUGCUUGACGACGAACACGACAUUUUCAGAUCGCAUAAGCUCAGCUUUGGUA